UCUUAAUUUAUUACACUACAUUACCAAGGUUCUGCGGCCGAUGGGCACGGAGCAGUCCGAAUGUCCGACAGCUGCUCUGACGUGAAGAGAUAUAAUUCGAAGCUAUGGCUCUCGUAUCUCGUGUGCAAAUUCCACUUCGAUUUCGUCCCAUAACAUCCACUGCCAAUCUUCCCUCCUUCGACAAAAUUCACACUACCGUUUACCUCGAUAUCAUCAAACAACAUUACGACAUCACACAUAGUCCAUCCUAUCCCAAUGUCGUCGCGUAGAUCAAGUUCGAUGGAGGCACGAGACAACAUAAGGAAACGAGUUUGCAAAGCGUGCGAUCGUUGUCGGUUGAAGAAGUCCAAGUGUGACGGAGCCAGUCCUUGUAGUCGCUGUAAAGCUGACAAUGCGAUCUGUGUAUUCGGAGAGAGGAAAAAGUCGCAAGACAAGGUGUAUCCCAAAGGAUACGUCGAGAUGCUUGAACAACAACAAUCACAACUUGUAACUGGUCUCCGGGAACUGUAUACUCGACUACAAAGGGGCCAAGGUUGGCCAGGACAGCCACUGCCCGAAAGUUCAAGCGGUCAUCCUCUGACACACGAUAUUCUCGAACGACUCGAUCUUCUACAAACCCCGAACGACCACAACAGCGUCCACGAAGGCUUUGAGGAAGACUGUCAUCGGAUGCAACAGAAACUGCUGGAAGGAGGUGCCACAUUCACACAUAGGCGAGGGUCUGUGAGCUCUGAUUCUGAACAUGGCCGCCCUUCCAUAUCCCCAUCGUACAGCGACACCCCGGUAACAACACAAUUACUUUUCAGAGACCCUUUCACGCGCAACCAUGCCCCUCCAACACCACCGAUGAACAGUCCAUUUCCAAGGCAGUCUCAGGCAGCAUCGCCGAUAUCUCGCAUAAAACAGGAAUCGCCCACAACACCUUCGACAUUCGUAAACACCAACACACUGGACCCACUGCCACUUUCGCGUGCGACAUGGUUGAACGACUCCAUCAUGAUGGACGAGCCAAUCGACUUUAGCAAACCCAUGUACGGCUUCGAAAACUUCAAUUACGAUCACGCCGCCAUGAUUGAGCCAAUGGCAAUGCAUCCCAGCGACCCCAUUAUGCCUGAUUGGAAUAGCAUGACCGACUUGGACUUCAGCAAUUUCAUACAAAAUCCAGUUGGUGCGUGAUUAGCCCGGCCUAAUCUCCAGUAACUCCGUGUUUCUUUUUCGAGCGUUUAAGCGUUUUGCAUCUUGUACAUACCUACGGCGUCUGUACCAAGUACUGGCAAUCGGCGUUACUGUUUGGGAAUCGAUCUCCUCUUUUUUCACCGGAUACCAUGGUCAGGGAUUGAGGGUUUUUCGCUAUGACGCGAAGACUGUACUGAUAGGCAUCCCGCAUCGGAGCGGUUCCGGGGUCUCACAUCACACC